UCACCUUUCUUCGGUGAACAUACAGAUAUAUCAAUAGCCACAAUUUGAAUAUAGCCAUAAUUUGAAAGAAAAGCAGUGUAUCAUUGUUUUCUUGAGAGAUAACAUAGCAAAAACAAUGGCUUCUGAACAAGUGCAUCGUGCAGAAGUAUUCAGUGAGACGUUUGUGGAGAUAGGGGAGAUACAAAUCCAGGAACAAAGAAAUGAAGGAGAGGGUGGUACUAAUCAGAAACAACAAGAUAUCAGAGAGUUGCAUGCUGAUAGAGGCGGGUCUCAAGACAAAGGGGUUGAAAGGAAGCGGAGAGAAGAAGCUGCUAAAGGAUUGAGGGACAGAGAAGAGAAAGAAACAAGAGAGAAAAUGAAGGAAGAGCAUGCAAGGACAAUGGAACACACUAGACAGGCUCAUGCAAAACAAAGAGUAAAAGAAGAGAAUUUCAAGCACAGAACUCAGAAUGCAAUUGCAAAUACUCAAGAGAGAGCAAAACAGGAAGCAAGUGUUCAAACUUCAAGAGAUGAUACAACAGCUGCAAGGAACAAGGAUGUGGAAUCAAAGGCCAUAAGGGUUACACAUAAUAAGGAAACUAAGGAAAGGCCAUCAGAGAAAUCCACCACCAAAGGCUUUGAAGAAGGAAAAAAGAAACCUGUUGUUGUUUGUGAAACUGUAGUUAAAGUUAUUCCACAGAAGGAUAACGAAAGCAACACAGUGGGAAGCUCUGAGAGAGUUCAAGAGAGAGACAUAGCAAAAAAGCAAGGUAUGUUGAGGGAAACUAAAACACAACAUGCAGAAAAAAUUAACAAAAAUAGGGAAAGCCAUGUGUUGGCUACCUAUGCCGAAGUUGUAAAAGGUGAUGAUUCUGCUUCAAGGAGAUUACAGGAACAAAAGCUAAAUGAAACAUUAGUUGAAAAAGGCUUUGAGGGAGAGAAAGAAGAAUCUCAAGUGUGUAUUAUGCAGAAUCUGCCUAUGGUAAAUGAGCCAUUGGAUAAUAAGGCCAAUGAAGGUGGAAGUACUGUGUUGGGAGCUGUAGGUGAAACUGUGAAAGAGAUUGGGGAAAACAUCCUGAAACCAGCUAAGAAAGUGAUAGAAAAAAGUGAAGAGGGAAAAGAGGGUGGUGGAGUGUUGAGUGCCAUAGGUGAAACCGUAGCAGAAAUAGCAGAGACAACUAAGGUAAUUGCUGUUGGAGAUGGAGAAUCAAAAUCAAAAGUGAGCACUGAAUCAGAGACAAAAGUGAGUUUUGUAUGUUAAGGCGCCUUUUAACUGAAUAGCGUCCUUAUAAAUAAUCUGUUUUCUGCAAACUCUACCUUAUGUAAAACAAUACAAGUAUAUGUAUAGGUCUUAUGAGUUUUUGUAUUUUUGGUAAUAUCAUCAUUUAAUAAAAUCAAAAUAAUACAUAAAUGUAUAAGAGAGAUCA